UCCCGUCCCGCCCUGCGCCGGCCGCAAAGCGAGCUGCCGUCAAGCACGGGCAGCGGCUACCGGCGCUGCCACCAUCGCCAUGUACUACAGCAGCACGCAAUGGCGGCACUGGACUUUUCGGAGCGAGGAGGAGCUGGCCCAAUGCCGGGCCGACGCCAACCGCAAGUUCCGUGCCAAGGCUGUGGCGAGCGGGAAGGCUGACCCGGCCCUUCUGGAGCCCCACGAGGAGCUGGCGAUAUGCAAACAUUACGAAAAGCGGUUGCUGGAUUUCUUCGCCGUCUUCAAACCUGCCAUGCCGAGAUCCGUGGUGGGAACAGCUUGCAUGUAUUUCAAACGCUUUUACCUCAAUAACUCAGUGAUGGAAUAUCAUCCUCGGAUAAUCAUGCUAACGUGUGCGUUUUUGGCCUGCAAAGUAGAUGAAUUUAAUGUGUCCAGUGCACAGUUCGUUGGUAACCUUCGGGAGAGCCCUCUUGGACAGGAAAAAGCUCUUGAACAAAUACUGGAAUAUGAACUGCUGCUUAUUCAGCAGCUAAACUUCCAUCUCAUUGUCCACAAUCCAUACAGGCCAUUUGAGGGAUUUCUAAUUGAUCUGAAGACUCGCUAUCCGAUGCUGGAGAAUCCUGAAGUGUUGAGAAAAGCUGCCGAUGACUUCCUCAACCGAGUGGCUCUGACAGAUGCGUACCUGCUCUUCCCUCCCUCACAGAUAGCUCUCACAGCGAUAUUAUCUAGUGGUUCCAGAGCAGGAAUUAAUAUGGAAAGUUAUUUAUCUGAGAGUCUUAUGCUGAAAGAAAACAGACCAUCCUUAGCCAAACUACUAGAUGGCAUGAAAUGCAUGAAAAAUCUGAUAAAGAAAUAUGAACUGCCAAGGCCUGAAGAGGUUGCUGCUCUGAAACAGAAACUGGAGAAGUGUCACAGCUUAGAGAUGUCCCUUAAUACAAACACGAAGAAGAGGAAAGGUUAUGAAGAUGAUGAAUAUGUCGCAAAGAAAUCUAAACCGGAUGAGGAGGAGUGGACUGAUGAUGAUCUUGUGGAGUAGGUGUAACCUUGAAGGAAGAUGGAAUCCUGCUGUAGAAACUACUGCUUGGUGUCAAGGCUGACACUUGUCUGCCACAGGUUUCUACUGUGUCACAAGGUAUUUACUUUAUCAGUUUUACAUGUCUUUUCAAUAAACAAUUUGAUGUUGCUAAA